AUGUUAAAACCACAUCAAGUGUUGCUGCAUGAGUUUGCUGAGCUGAUAUUGAAUCAGAGAGUAGAAUAGAAACCAUCAAGUUUGAGACAUUCAAAUGUCUUGAAUUUAUGGUAAAUAAAAGGAAUAUGGGUGAAUGAGAAUUCAGAUUUAAGAUUGCAGAUCAAUUUCUACAUAUAGAAAUGGAAUACUCGGAUUCUAGUUGAAGUUUGGGUCUUAGAAGUAAUCAUAACAAACGAGUAAUAGAACAACACUAAAAAGAUAAUUUAAGAUAAGCCAUUAGGAAUUUAAGAAAACACAACGACUAGCACUAUUGUAAUCAAGGAGUAUAUUAGCAAUUUUGGCCAAUCUUCCACUUUCUCAAGAAAUCCCUUCUUUCAACAAGCAUAUGAAGAUAGUAUACAAUAUUGAGAACACUUCAAUUCCAAACCAUUUCCAAACUAUCAAUUUUCCAGUGAUCCCUUGUUCAAGUAAAAAGGUCACUUAUUUGUACAUGCAAGUCCAUUAUUAGAAGGAAAUUAUAUUCUCUCCAUAACCAAAAAUUGCAUAAAAACCAAUCACUUAAAGAGAAGAUACUGAGAUGAGCAUCUUGCAUCAAAUUCAGAAGAAUUUCCGAAAGAGAACCAAAGCUUCUUCUUAAAUUGCUGAGACUCUUGAAUACUUUAAUUUAAUAAAUUAAACUUUGAAAUGA